AUGCAAGAAGCAUGUCGAAAAGAUGUUGAGCGGGCAUUCGGUGUUCUCCAAUCACGAUUUGCUAUCAUCAAGGGGCCAACCCGUUUUUGGGAUAAACGAACUUUGCAUGAUAUCAUGACUGCUUGUAUUAUAAUGCACAAUAUGAUUGUCGAAGAUGAACACGACGAACAAGAAGAUGUUGUCAUUUCAACUCCACAAUCAAUUCCGAAUGCUGAAAAUAUGGAGAUAACGGAAACUGAACGAUUCCAACAAUUUCUUGCUCUACAUAAGAGGUUAAAAAACAAAGAAGCUCAUUUUGCACUUCGAAAUGCAUUGAUUGAACAUUUGUGGGAAAGACAUGGAAAUGAAACGAUUUGGCAAGCAAAUGCCUUGGAAUCAUUCAUGACAUCUUUCUCUAGCAUGGAAUACUACUAUCGACAUUCGUCGACUGGACUGCUGAGGAAAUUUUACAUGUCAAAUACCAUUAUUAAGGCUCUGUUUGGUUUGAUAGAAAGGGAGAGAAAGGAAAGUAAAAUAGAAGAGACAAAACGAGGGAGAAAGACGGAAUGGACGCCUCCGACUUUCCCCGAUCUCUCACCUCUCUCUCUCCAAAACUCCGACCGUCUUUCCCCGAUCGGAUCCCCCCUCCCCUCCUCCUCCUCCUCCUCAUACUCUCCUCUCUUCGUCUUCAAAACCCUAGUUCGACGCCGAUCAAAUCCCAGUCCUCUCCUACCCUCACCUUCUCUCCUGCCUCAGACGGAGCAGACACCGAGAGACGCCAGCGGAGACGGCGGCGGAAGCGAGGACCCCUGGGACGCGAAGCCGGCAACCUCAGAGAUCUGUGAUCUCGAGAAGAAGCAGCGACGCCCGCCGGAAUCCCCCGGAACCCUCUACAUCUCCACCAAGAGGGUGAUUUGGCUGAGGGACGAAGACAAAUCCAAGGGCUACGCUGUGGAUUUCUCGUCGAUUUCGCUUCACGCCGUGUCGAGGGACCCCGAGACGUACCCAUCGCCUUGUAUCUACGCUCGGAUUGAGACAGAGGAGGAUCAUGAUGCAGUUUCUGAGGACCCAGAUUCAGAAGGUGCAGAGGCUGUGGAGCUAUCAAAGAUCGCUGAGAUGAGGCUUGUGCCUUCUGAUCCUAGUCAAUUGGAUACCUUAUUUGACAUUUUCUGUCAAUGUGCUGAACUAAAUCCUGAACCUAAUGAAGAUGGAGAGGAAGAAAAUACCUGGUUUUUUGGUGAUAAAGAUAUGGCUGUUGAUGGCAUCGGAAAUGAUUCUGAGUGGCAGUUUUUAGAGAAUCUUGCCAAUCCUAUUGGGUAUGCAAAUGGAGAUCAUGAUCUUGCUCAAACAAUAUUAGAGCUCCAGAUCAAUGACCAGCGAUUCGAGGAUGCGGAGGAAAUGGAUCAUGAGCAAGGCAGUGGUCGUCAGUGAGGAAAGCCGAUGAGGUUGUAAUUGGCCUCAGAUGCAAUAUACAGCUAGUGGGACAUUAGGAGAGUUUCUUUUUUUUUUCUUUCUGUCCUUUUUCUUUUUCUUGUGUAGCUCUUUGGACUCGGGUGAAAAAUGAAAUGUAGGGAGUAUUUUCACUAUGUAGUAUUUGCAAACACAACCACCUAAUGAGUUUCCAGAUUAAAAGGUUGGAUCUUUGGAUGAACUCGUUGUGCAGAGGAAAACAUAUUGUCAAGCUACUCUCUUGAUGUUGAUU